GUGUGUGUGUGGUGUGUGUGUGUGGUGUGGUGUGUGUGUGUGAGAGAGAGGGUGCGUCAGAGGAAAAAGGAAGUUGCGGGAUGAAGUUAAAAGCCUUCGACACACUGCAGCGCUGCAGAACACCCACCACGGAAGAAAGGCGAGAACGAGAGCGCCCAAGUCUGAAAAUGAGACAUUGAAACGAAGACAGGAGACGGGAAGGCGAACUUCGAGAACGGAGAGGCACAACUGCCAGGGGGAACAACUUAAGUCAGCAGUGAUGGAGAUGUGGCGACAGUGUGCGAUCUGGUUAAUUGAUUGCCGGGUUCUCCCUGAAAACCGGGUGACAUGGGAGGGCGCACAGGUGUGUGACCUGGCUCAGGUUCUGAGAGACGGCGUGCUGCUCUGCCAGUUGCUCAACAACCUGCUGCCUCAGGCUGUCAACCUGAGAGAGAUCAACCUGCGGCCACAGAUGUCCCAGUUCCUGUGCCUUAAAAAUAUCCGGACGUUCUUGGGAGCAUGUCACGAGAAGUUUCAUCUGAAAAAGAACGAGCUGUUUGAAGCCUUCGACCUGUUUGAUGUUCGAGACUUCGCCAAGGUUAUUGACACUCUGUCCAUUCUGUCCUCAAUCACCCAUCGCUGUGCAAAAGGACUGCAGUAAGCCUUUCCUCUUGAAGCAUGCAUGCCUGAUGAUGAGAUCUACAGCGGCCUGUCGGACCAGAUAGAUGAUACAGUGGAUGAGGAUGACGACUUGUACGACUUUGUGGAGGAAGAAGACAACGAAGGAGACGAGAUCUAUGAAGACUUGAUGAGGACGGACGAGCCCCCUGAAAACUGUGAGUGUUUUAUAAUACCACUUCAGCAGAAGCCUGGAGUAGACAAACGGGAGUGCUGCCUGCAGGAGAUCAGGCAGACCGGAAAGUACUCCAGUACACUGGAGUCUAUAUUACAGCACUUUAAGCCGCUUGCAAAGUUUCUCACGCCUCAAGAUGAAAGCAUCUUCAUCAACAUACAGGAGUUGGCAGACACCCACCUGAACCUGCUGGAGGAACUUCAGAACGCCAUUUUGAAUCACGGAGCAAAGAAUCUUCACCAAGUGUUUUUGAGCUAUAAAGAGAGGCUUCUGUUGUACGGCCGCUACUGCAGUCAGGUUGAAACUGCCACAAAACACCUGGACUAUCUUUCAAAUGAAAAGGAAGAUAUCAAGAUGAAGUUAGAGGAGUGUUCAAAGAGAGCGAACAGUGGGCGAUUCUCACUCAGAGAUUUGCUUAUGGUCCCGAUGCAGAGAGUUCUGAAAUACCCCCUGCUGCUUCAGGAGCUGAUGAAACACACCACUGACCCCACAGACAAGGAGAACCUGCGAACAGCUCUGGAUGCCAUGAGGGACCUGGCACAGUGUGUGAACGAGGUGAAGCGAGACAAUGAGAUCAUCCGACAGAUCACCACCUUCCAGCUCUCUAUAGAAAACAUGAAUCAGUCUCUCGCUCUCUACGGCCGGCCGAAGAUCGACGGAGAGCUGAAGAUCUGCAGCUCGGAGAAAAAGUCCAAACAGGACAGGUAUGCGUUCCUCUUUGACAAAGCGGUGUUCAUAUGUAAAAAGAAGAGCGGAGAGACGUUCGAGCUGAAGGACAUCAUUGAGCUGCAGCAUUACCAGAUAAGAGAUGAAACCACAGGAGGGAAGGACAAUAAAAAGUGGUCCUAUUUGUUCCUCUUGCUGGACUGCUAUGGAAAGAAUGGCUACGACUUAUUCUUCAAAACUAGAGAACUGAAGAAGAAAUCUGAGCAGUUUGAGAUGGCUCAGUCCAAUAUGUGUCCUGAGAACGCCACUGCAAACAACCACGACUUCCAGAUGCACUGCUUUGAGGAAACCACCUCCUGCAAGGCCUGCUCCAUGUUGUUAAGGGGGAUCUUCUUCCAGGGGUAUCGCUGCUCCCGCUGUAAAAUCGCAGCACAUAAAGAAUGCUUAGGCCGAGUCGCUACCUGUGGACGAAACUCAGAAAAUUCUUCUACUUUGAAGAAGAACAAUACAAAGAGAUCCUCUGGACAUGCCAGCCUUGGGUUUCCUAAGAUGGAGGUGUGUCAGGACUACUUCGGCCUGCCGCCGCCUCCCGUUGGCUUCGGCCAGCCGCUCCAGCUCUCUAAGGGAGACGUCGUGGAGCUGACCCGCGCCGGCGUGGACCUGGCCUGGUGGGAGGGAAAAAAUCUGACCAUUGGUCAGAUGGGAUGGUUCCCCUCCAACAAAGUCCAGCCCUACGUCUCUAGGGCAACCCCGGACCUCUCUGGCUUCAACUGGUUCGCAGGCAACAUGGACCGCACGGCCGCCAAAAACCUCCUGAUGUCGCGCUCCGAUGGGACUUUCCUGGUGCGGCAGAAGGAUGGAGGAGACUUUGCCAUCAGCCUCAAGUUCAACAUGGACAUCAGACACAUCAAGAUCACCUCUGCCGAGGGCCUGUACCGCAUCAACGACAAGAUUGCGUUCAGAGGCAUAGUUGAAAUGAUUCAGUUUUACCAAAAGAACUCUUUAAAGGAUUACUUCAAGGAAGUGGACACCACGCUGCUGACGCCUUACAAACAACCGGAGCAGAGCAGCGCAUUUAACGCCCCUCCCAACGCCGCGCCAGGUGGCAGCAUGAGGAGCUUCGGCGUGGCGCGGGCCAGGUACGACUUCUCAGCCCGGGACCGCUCGGAGCUGUCGCUGAGAGAGGGCGAUACCAUCAAGAUCCUCACCAAGAAGGGUCACAACGGCUGGUGGAAAGGGGAGGUGUACGGCCGGGUCGGGCUCUUUCCAGCCAACUAUGUGGAAGAGGAUUACUCUGACUACUGCUGAUGCUCCUCCUGAGAAGAGGCUUCGUCUGUGUGUGAGAUCACAAUAACCCACAUGCAUUAGUGUGCAUGUCCGUGUGUGUGUGAGAGAAAUGCUGAUACUUCUGAUUUAGUGAGUGUUGUUUUUCUGUGAAUAAAACCUUUUUGAUCAUGUCUGGUUUAUCGCCACUGAACUUGAAAGAUACCUGUGUCCAGUAACAUUCAAUAAUCCAUUUGUCUUUAAUAUUCACUUAAUUUGCAGUUAUCAAUCACUUUUACAGCCCCAGUUUCAAAUUCAAGGCAGGAACAGUCUAGCUUUCGGCCAAGCUAAGAGUGUAUCAUCCGUCAUUUAAGGCUGUGACAGCGUAAAGAGGUGUGUGAACACAGCUCGGUCACCGUUAUCUCUGAUGCAGCAGGGAUCCAUGUGAAGAGAAACCACCCUGACAGGUUAAAAAAAAAAGAAAUUUGAAAACUGAAAAAAGACUAUAACUGAUGUAAAUGAACAGCACUAUGUCUGAGUGGUAAUAAAGUAAAGCUGAGAAAACUAGUAACAUAAGGAACACGGGAGGUGCGAAAACACUGAAAACUGAAAAACGAACUUUUUACAUGAAAGGUUUCAAAAAAUAUUACAUUUUAAAAACAGAGUGACCAGUUCUCCUUGGAGAGUUAUUUUCUGUUAAGACGCUCACUGCUGGAAAACACAAAGUCCAUAAUGUAACAAAAAUCAACUGUAAACUGCUCACAGUUACAUUGUUAAUAUGACUCAAAGUAUAAAUUUAGAGUAUUUUGAGAAACAAAUUUGCCUUUUCCAAGUGUGUAGUUAAAUGUGUAACAAUUGUCAACAAGAGACUUGUAAUUAAAAAAAAAAAAAAAA